GGAGUAUGCAUAGCCUUCUCACCGUGUUGACAUUUAUCCCACUUCUCCAUGUCCAACUAAAGUAUUAAUAAACCUUCUACCAAAUCACUCAGCCACAGGACGUUUAUUUCACGAGAGUGUUUGCGGGCUGCUGAAGUUAAUGUCAACACAGAUCAGCUAACUAACUAACUAAGUGCGUGUCGUCACGAUGAGGCUGUUCAGGUUUCUGAGGAGCAGCGUGUCCAUAGGAAAGGACAUUGACUAUUACUCCAAAUUCUCACCCUCUCCUCUGUCCAUGAAGCAGUUUCUGGAUUUUGGCUCAGAAAAUGCGUGUGAGAAAACAUCAUUCACCUUCCUCAGACAGGAGCUACCUGUGAGGUUGGCAAACAUCAUGAAAGAGAUCAACUUGUUGCCGGACAACUUACUGAAGACUCCAUCGGUGCGGUUGGUUCAGGGCUGGUACAUGCAAAGUCUUCAAGAGAUUCUUGAGUUCAAAGCCAAAAAUGCUGGUGAUGAGAAAGUCACAUAUGAUUUCACAGAUGCGGUAAUAAGGAUCCGAAAUCGGCACAAUGAUGUCAUUCCCACCAUGGCUCAGGGGGUCGUGGAGUACAAAGAGAACUACGGCACGGACCCCGUCGUCAGCCAGAAUGUUCAGUAUUUUCUAGAUCGUUUCUACAUGAGCAGGAUAUCCAUCAGGAUGCUGCUCAACCAGCACACUCUCCUCUUUGGUGGGAAGGUAAAGGUGAACCCAGCUCAUCCCAAGCAGAUCGGCAGUAUUGAUCCAAACUGUGGUGUCAGCGAGAUCAUCAAAGACGCCUAUGAAAAUGCACGAAACCUUUGUGACCGGUAUUACAUGAACUCUCCUGAGCUGAUUCUGGAGGAAUUCAAUGCCAAACCCAUCACUGUGGUCUAUGUUCCCUCUCAUUUGUAUCACAUGGUGUUUGAACUCUUUAAGAACGCCAUGCGGGCCACCAUGGAGCUGUACGGCGAUGCCAUGGAGUAUCCUCCUAUCCACGCACAGGUCGCUCUGGGAACUGAGGAUCUGACAGUCAAGGUGAGUGAUCGGGGAGGAGGCGUGCCGCUGCGCAAGAUCGACAGGUUGUUCACCUACACGUACUCCACGGCUCCUCGACCCAGCAUGGACGUGGCCCGCGCUGCUCCUCUGGCUGGUUACGGGCACGGCCUGCCCAUCUCUCGACUUUACGCUCGCUACUUUCAAGGCGAUCUGAAGCUCUACUCUCUGGAGGGUUAUGGAACCGAUGCUGUGAUCUACAUUCGGGCGCUCUCCACGGAGUCCAUUGAGAGGCUUCCCGUGUACAACAAGUCGGCCUGGAAACACUACAAGACGAUCCACGAGGCCGACGACUGGUGCGUCCCCAGCAAAGAGCCGAAGGACAUGACGACGUUUCGCAGUGUCUAGAGCCAACGGGCUGCAGUCCUGUAGCCCUGUAUGCAAGACAGGUGGUUUUGUGCCAUAUUCUUCAUAGAGGUCAAUAGUUUUGUUAUUAUGAAGAUGCGUGAGUGCAGCAGCCCUCGAUUAAAAGCGUGUUUCUUUCUCACUCCCACUGGUACCAUUAAUGGGAAUGACUGGGACUAACCUGGACCAGGUUAAGCCAAACUGAUUCUGGAGUUUUCAGGCUGAUACUAUUGUUGAUAUUUGGGUUUUAAAAAAAAACGCUGAUAACAUAUUGACCGUGUAACAUAACCUGUGGACAAACAAUAAUGUUAUCAAUGUUUCUAAAUGACCUCGAACAUAUUUUUGCACAAAAAAUAACCAACAUAUGAAAAACAAUAACAGUACAUCUGUUAUAAAGUAAAGUCAGCUGAUGAAAUUAUUAAAUAAUAUAAUUAUUUAACGCUUUGAGGAGAACAAACUAAAUUCCAUAAAGCGACAUAUCAUCAUGUGAUAACAUCACCAACUGAAACUAUCUUCAUAGUAAAGGUAUGAAUUGUUUGUAUUGUUUGCUCUACUGGUUUAAAGCUUUCCUUAAACGUGUAGCUGCUUUUAUUUUGCUAAAAGUUGAUCUUUAACUGUUGCACUCCGUCUCUGUGCAGUGUUCAGCUCUGCUCAUCUCUGCUCCGUGUGAAGCUGGAAACUUGUGACACAACUUGUUGCUGCUUGUUUUUAAAUUCAUUGGAAGUUUCUGCUGAUGAGUCUUAUCAGUAUUUCUUUUUUCAUUUAGGGCAUUUCUUGCAACGUGAUCAAAAACGUUGAUUUGCCGUCUGUAUAGAGACAUUUUGCACCUAUUUUUACUUUGUGUAUUUAAGCAAAGUAUUAUUGGAAUUCAAUCUUGCUGACGCACAAAUGUGUAGGCUGAAACGUUACAUUUUAAGAUUUCUUCUUAAGUUGUAUCACAUACAAUAUAAGAGCAAAAUAUUUGGAUUCCUGUGGUUGUAUUAUUAAGACUCAUCCUGUCAAAUAAGCUAUACUCAAUAUUUUCAUGUUACACUGAAGCAGUUAUUCUGUAUAGAUCAUGUUCAGUGAAAAAUAAAUGUAU